AUGGAGACGCAGAUUGGCCCGUACUUCUUCUUUGCGUCAGAGGUCCCAGGCUUGGGCUCGGCUGCCAUCGCCACUUUCGCGGCGGAACACACGGCGGCGGCCGCCACCGCGAACAUCAGAUCCCUGCGGCCGUUGAUUUUGCCCUCCUCUGCCCUGUUCACCGCCGUCUUCUCCUCGGAGCCACUCGACGAGGCCCGCACCGCCACCAUGCCGCGGCGGGAGGUGGUGGAGAGAUUCUUGGCGGCGGAGCUACCCAAGAAGGAGGCGGUCAUGGAUUUGUACCUUUGCCGAGUGUCGGCUGGCAUAGAGGUAGCAUUCGUAGUCGACACCCCAAAACCGGAAAGAGUCCUUUCUCGGCAGAACGGAUCGAAUAUCGACCACAACCACGGCCUCGUCUUCAUUCAUCACGACCUUAGAAAGUUGCUCGAGGGUGACGAUUUUGAACGUCGGGCUCUCUUCAGGAUUGUCAGAGACCUUGACCUCAACAACCUCGGUUGGAUUAGGCUCCAACAUGCGGAGACUUGGUCUGGGUAG